AUGAGUAGACUCGUAGGCCGCCUUUUCGAAGCAAGCCUGGACGAGAAACCAACCUUCGAGGCCUUGUCCUAUGUCUGGGGGGAUCCACAGUCGCGGAAACGGAUCCGAUGCAGUGGUAAAAACUUGUCGGUAACAAGAAGCCUUGCGCUGGCCUUGAACCGGAUACGGAAUCCCACAACUUCCAGAAUUGUCUGGGCGGACGCAAUAUGUAUCAACCAGAACGAUGUCGAGGAGCGCAACCACCAAGUGCGACUCAUGCGAGAAAUUUAUACCCGCGCAAAAAGGGUUCUCGUUAGCCUUGACACUGGAGACGGUUCGAACAACGAAUCGAUGACGAGGCUCACCGGGUAUCAGAUUCCAGUUGCCGACGUCUUAACUGAGUCUGUUCGCAGCGCCCUUCGCGCGUUCUUCGGCUCACCCUGGUUCACGCGGAUCUGGUGCGUACAGGAGAUUGUUCUUGCGCGAAAGGCGGUGGUC